GAUGCAAUGUUGUGUGCACAAAGUUGGCUUUGCGGGUCAGUAAACACCAACGGUAGGGGCUGGCAGCUUAAAACAUUAUUGUCCACUCAGCAUCCGUCCACUGAAAUAGAAGCAUCUGGGAACUGAAGAGGCUACCAUGUGUCACGCAAUGAAGUCGACAUUUCUUUUCAUCCUGCUGGCUUCUGUCUUGGUCUGCAACUUCAUGACCGUCUGCAGAGGACAGAGCAUCUCUGCUGAGGAGGAGCCCGACCAGAGGACUAUGGACGAUUUGCUUCACCAUAGUGCAGAGAGCCUCCUACUGCGCUCCAUACUGAGAAAGAUGCAAGGAGAAGACCACAGAAGUGCGGGACUUAUUUCUCAGCCAGAGUGGGUGACAAAGCGGCAACAUCCAGGCAAAAGGUACGGCGAGGAUUUGGAGAAGGAAGACGACGGGAAUGAAGAGUACUGGUUGGGUGUUGACAAGAGACAACACCCGGGCAAACGCGAGGAAGUCACGCACUCGCUCAUGGAGCUGCAAAAAAGGCAACACCCAGGAAGGCGCUCCACUACGGGACACCUUUCUGACCACCCCGUCAUGGUCGUGGGUGGACUUUCCAAACGACAGCACCCGGGCAAGCGCUACUUGGUGGUGCGCAGCCGGCGGCAGCACCCUGGUAAGCGGCAGGAAGAGGAGGAAGAGGAGGAGGAGGAGGAGGAGGAGGAGGAGGACCUCCCCGAGGUGGACAAGCGCCAGCACCCCGGGAAACGCUUUUGGGAUCAUUCGGAUCCAGAUUUGUCCGCCGUCAGUCCGUGUGAAGACGUUUUGGACCUCAACAGAUGCGCCAAGACGAAUCUGCUGCUCGAUUUUUUAGACAAGAUCCGAGUGAAGCACGCCGAGGAGAAGAGACAACACCCGGGGAAAAGGUUUGCACCUGAGAGGGAUUUAGUGGACGCAGAGUAGAGUCGUCACAUUCAUGCUGCAAAUCAUGUCAACUCAUUAAUGUGUACCCCAAUAAUUAUCACAAUUAAAAAUGAGAGCUGAUUUUUCUUUUGUGAUAUUGUUUUAUUUUUUAAUGACGUGUGUUUAAUCAUGUAAUUUUUUUGUAGAACUUAGAAGUGUAAAUUAAAGAGUGAGUGCAGGGUGGAUGCGCAAUAAAGGAAUUGUUAUCAUUAUCAACUUUUAGGUAUCAAAUGUAGUUCACUAUAGGCUACGUGCAGACCGGGAGUGUCUCUGUGAGGCAUCACUGUUGGAAUAGAUCAGGGGUGUCAAACGUACGGCCCGCGGGCGGAAUCAAGCCCGCAAACAGGUUUUAUCCGGCCCGCGUGAUGAGUUUGCUAAGUAUAAAAAUGAGCCGAAAUUUUUGAAUGAAAGAAACUGCUGUUCUAAAUGUGUCCACUAGAUGUCGCAAUAGCAAUUCUUUGUAUCUUUGUAGAUGAUGCUACAUAUGUAAAAAAAAAAAAAAAGUAAACCACAUGAUGUUAGUGCACCAGUCGAGGAAAAUGAGUAAACUACAAUAAUAACAUCCUGUAAUUGGAUUUUCAUAUUAUUUUUUUUAUCUUGACAGAUUGAUAAUUAACAACAAUGUGAUGAACAUUAUCACAUCAUUUAUUCAGAAAGUAUAAAUAACCACAAAUAAAGAUAGAAUACUCUUAACCGCAACAUGUAAGUGUAAAAAAACAACAACAACAACAUUCUAAUUUGUACAUUUUCAGAAUGUGCUUGUUGUAUUUCUAAACAAAGAAAACAAUCUGAAGUUGUCUUUACUUUUAAGUUAUCGUGCCGUGAUUUUACCAGUCCGGCCCACUUGGGAGUAGAUUUUUCUCCAUGCGGGCCCCGAUCUAAAAUGAGUUUGACACCCCUGGAAUAGAUGGAUUAAGAAAUGGAAGUGAUCAUAUACUGUACAGUAUUUACACAACAGUUAUGCCAAGGAAAGUCUUUGCUUUUAAUUUAUUGUCUAUUUGUAAUUGUAAAUGCUAAUAAAU